GAGAGCGGCAGGUAGAGGAGGCGCGCGCGCGAGCGCACCGUCCGAACAAGUGAGCGAGCGAACGAACGAACGAACAACAGGAGGUGAAGGAAGACGAAAGUGGCGAGAAAGGGAGAAGCGUCGGCGUCCCGACGCCCGGCGGCCAACUACCUGCUAACGACGCCGGGCUGAUUAAACGCGCGCGCGAUUUGUCGAUCUGCCGUGUCCGCUUGUGACUCGCGGCGGACAGAGAGAGAGAGAGAAAGAAAGAGCGAGCGAGCAGCCUGUGUGGGGAAAAUGGGAUGCGCGGCGAGUCGUCGUCAGCCCACCUAGCGAGUUAGUAUUUCUCGCCUGCCUGGCGCUCGUCGCGGCGGCGGCGGCGACGGUGGUGGCGUUGGCGGUGUCGGUGGCGGUGGCUGUGGCACUGGCGGUGGCCGUCGCGGUGGCGGUAGCGGUAGCGACGAGGCCCAACGGUGAGAAGCGGUCGGAAAAAUGGCGUCCGAUAACGAAGCCUCUUGCGCGAGUGACCCAAAUUUCGCGGUGAUCUGUUCGUUUCUCGGCUGCUUCGGCAAGUCCUGCGGCAUCGUUUACCCUGACAUCGCGCGGCUCCAGGAGAUGCUCGAGAACACAAUCGAAGUAUCGCAAGAACUAGUAGACCUGCAUGUCAAGUUAUUACGUAAAACACGUAAAACUGUCUCGCCAGAAAAGUGGGAACGGGCGCUAGUCAAGUUUUGCCACACGUACUCUAAUCAGGAUGGAUGGGAACUUGAACGCUUUGGCUACAAGAAAGCCCGUAUUGCUGUUAAACUGCGUCUACUUAAAGUGCUAUUGGAAACACAGUUUGACUUAAAUCAAAAGUUUAAGAACGAGGUGAACAAAUUGGCAGCCGAUGAAUUGCGCGUGGAACCGUUAGGAAGGGAUAAAAGUGGAUUAGCGUAUUGGUGUCAGCUGGAUGAAGAGUGCAACAUAAGAGUCUAUAGGGAAGAUUUGGAUGAAGAGAAUUGGGAACUAGUGGCUAAGGAUCGAGAAGGUGUUGUCAAUCUCAUCAACACCUUGUCGAACGGCGAGGCUGGAGCUAUACCGAUCAACGAGGAUAGCAACAGUUUGGAAAUUUCUGAGAAACCUAUAAUAGACACCGGCCAAGUAACGACAUCUCCGAGUCUGGAGGACGAAGUUGUGCAAGAAAAUAACGCCCAUGCGAAUGGGAUGAACGGCAAGCAGCUACCGAAUGGUAGGAGCGAUGAGUUUGAGGACGAACAAGAGCAGGAUCAAGACCAAGAACAGGAUCAGGAUGAUAUAGGUAACGAAGCUGAAAAUGACGACGAGGACAUCGACGGGGAGGAGGAUGUGACGAACGAUGAAAGUUCCAAGCAAAUCACGGAGGAAGACGAUUCUCAAGAAAUGGUACAAACUCCGAGCGCAGAAUCAAGGUGUAUAGACAAUUUGAAGACGACGAAGGCGGAUGCGAUACCAGCGGAAGAUGCAAACAGAGAGGCUACCGACGAAACAUCUGCCGCUUCCUUAGCGUCAGAGACUAAGUCGCCGGUGAUGCAUAAACCAACCGUGCUCACGAUAACAAGCGCCGCCAAAAGCGAGCUCGAAGAAUCGGUGCCGUUGAAAUCGAUAGAGACACCUGUCAUCACGUCUCCGCUGAAAUUGGUCAACAUCGCCGAAUUGAAGCAGGCGCCGGAGGAGAAGUUAGUAAGCCCGACGACGCCUAUUGCUGCAGUAUUAAACACGGCGAAGAAGCACAGUGCCGUCGACGAGAUCCCGAUGGAUCCCGUCGUGAAGACGCACGAUAAGUUACCCGGCAAGAACAGUCUACCAUUUUCGACUGUCGAUUCGAUUCCCGUGGGGCACAGCAAGUUGUCCGUCAAACCGAUAGACCAACUGGCCGCGAAUCUCGUGAGGAUACAGUCGGAGAAGCUGGAGAAGCCGAGUGGACCGAAGUCGCUGGAAAAAAUAGCGGAAUCUCUGGCAAGGUCGUCCGGCGGUACGCUAGGCAACGUGACGAACGGAGGUGAGGACGACAGGUUGCCGCAGGAUUUCUGCGCGAGGAAUCAGUCCGAGAAGCCUCCGAUGCUCCGGGGACACCGAGGCAUGGAUUUAUCGACGUCGCCGCGAGGCUGGGAGAACGCGAACGAACAAAACCGACCGAUGGAUUUCUCCGGGAUCGAUCUUUCUAGUCGAAAAUUGGCCAAAACGGUGGUGGACCUGCCCUCCCCCGGAUACAGAGCGCCGGACUUCCAGCACAGGGAGAUGGAUCUCAGCACGAAGAAGUCGAACAAGCCGCCGGAGGUUCCCAACUUACCGUACGACGCGCGGAGCGUGAUGAUGCGGAAUCACGCGAUGUUGGCCGACCUGAGCAAAAGGCAGAUGCCGUUCUCCACGUACGAAAUGUCUUCGACGCCGUAUCAUAACGCGGUGAGGUUACCCGCGAAGGACGAGCAUAGAUUACCGAGCUACACGAUACUCCCCGAUCCCAGCAAGAUCACUGCUCUGAGAAUGAGUACGACGCCGUUGAAACGUCCAUUGGAGGGCGACGACGCCCAGCAAGACAUAUUGAAGAGGUUAAGAGGCGACGUCAUUCCGAUCAGAGCCUCCAUGGACAAGAGAUCGAUGAUGAGCAACAGCUGGAGGGAGGAGGUGGGCGAAGCCAUCGAGGAGCCGAUGAUGAUGGUUCAGGGUGAGGGAUCCGGCAGCGACUGCGACGCGGUGAAUCCCGUCGUCGGUGAGGCUAUCGAAGAACCGACGGCUUUUUUUUACGGCGAAGGCUCCGGCGCUGAAUGCGACACGGGUAACCCCGGCGACGACGCGUCCACUGACAAUAAAGAAAGCAACGAAUCAAAAAAUGAACCUGACUCGGCCAGCGCGACGCUGUCGCAGAAUAAGGUUUUAACCGAGGACGAGGUGUCCGCGGACUCGAUAGUGUCGAAUAAACCCCCUGUAAAAUUAAAUAGAAACUACCCGCAGUCUAAUGUAAGCGUAAACGAUAAUUGUGAAAUAGUAGAUUCUAUGCAAGAGAAGCCAAAGUUCAAGCCGACGUUAGGCGUUCAGGUAAUACCGAAGAGUACAACUGGCCCCGUCAAAAGGCUGUCCAGGUGGGACGUGGGUAAACCGGAGGAGAAGGCGGAAUGCGACAGCAGUAUCAUAUCAAACGAAGGAGACAUAUCAUUGAGAGAAAGUACGAACGAUCGUGAGGAUGGCGACGCGGGCCGGAGGCUCUCGAGCAUGGACGCGAAAUCGUCCAGGGCUGAACGCGAGGAUUCCGCUGGCGCGCAUCAAGACGUCAAGGUGGACGGUAACUCCGUGACGGAGAGUGAAACAACCGAGGACAGUGCCAAGUCCCAAGUGUCGGACGUAAGUUCGGAUAACACGAGUACGAUGGGACAAAAGGCGGACUCGAAGGUUCAAGAGCCCACGCAGUGCGACUCGUCCGUGUCGUCGUGUCAGCCGGACACCUCGCAGCGACUCGAAUCGUGCACGAGUUCCGAAGAUUCGGCCAAUGUACAAAAUACCUUCGAUCCGAUUGGCGUAGCUUCGCGCGAGUCGGACAACGAAUGCAAGCCAGCCGCCGCUUCUCCGCCGAGAUUUUUUUUUGGACCCAACUGUAUUUCGUACACCUCAAAGUCCGACGAGCCGGGUUCACAGCCGGAGCAAAGUCUGACUGCAUCUGCGCACUCGACGAGAGCCGACACCGUGCAGUACGAGUGCGUGUCGUCGUCGAAGUCGGUGGACGACGCGUCCUAUUUGUACAGGACGGAGGAUUUCGACUUGACGCGAACGAAUAACAAUUCUUUCAAGACGAAUCCGUUCACUGCGGAACCCGAUGACGCCCGAGGUGGCAGCGGUAGCAAGGAUACCGAGGAGACCGAAGAAUCGGGUAAAGCGUGGAAUCAGCAGACUUCCACCGCGCUGAGCAGCUCGAAAGACCUGAGCGAAGUACCCGAACAGAGUGUCGCUAAUUCGUCCAGCGAAACGCAAGCUCAAACGACAACAAGUGGAGAGCCGAAUGUGGAAGGGUCUCUCUGCACUGGUGAAGAAGUGGAAGAGGGUGAUAGCUGCAAAUUAAACACAAGCUCUACAUCAGAGGUGAUAUUCGCGGGCGAUAGUAUAGACGAGAUAAACACGACCGAGGAAGAGCCGGUUGAUAUCACUUCGGCUAGCGAGCUUAGCGUGGUGAAGCCGGCGGAAAGCGAACCGUCGCGGUGCGACCAGUCCGCCGAUUCCGGGAAAUUCACGGAAAAUCAGGAGAGCCCGUUCGAGGGACCGGAUGAUGUUACGUCGCAGUUAUCGGAAGAGGAGGAGAAGAGCGACAAGCCGUCGACGGCCAAUGGCUUUAAGAAUGGGGACGAUUGUCAGUCGCCUACCACCGGCGUAUUCAAGGAAGAUCAAGAGAAAACCGAGUCCGUGACUACGGCGCAUUCGUCACUGUCGUCCCUCACUCAGAACUCCCAGCCGGAGCUGGCCGAUCUCCGUGAAUUCGAGGACGGCAACAACUCGAGCGAGUUGCUGGAUUCCACGAAUGCGACGGGAUACCAGGAAAUGAAUAGGCAGACGGACGCGGCCGAGAAGUACCAGGCGCUCCAGAAGAACGAUCUCGACUCGGCCGGGGAGAGCUGCGACAAGCAGAGCGACAGGAUCGACAAUUUCUCCGAGAUCGACGGCCAAGAGGAUCACUCGACCGAUACGGACAAUGAGAAGAUGAAGGGCCUGGCUGGCUCCGACGCCGAUUCGAUGUGCGUCAACUACGACAGGAGCAGCGAGAGAACCGACGCCCUGUCGGACAUGGGGAUGCAAGACGAAGGGUCGGGCGACUCCGAGGAAGCCAAGGAGAAGGCGCUGAACGAUAUACAGAUCAACGAUACUGCGUUCGCUAUCGAGCCCGAGGCGAAUUUGCCGGAGAGUUCUGUGGUGACUAGCUCGGAGUCGGCGCCGGAGAGCGAGAAGCGUGAUUUAGUUCCUACCAUAAGCAGUUCGGACGACGCCUGCGUACAUGACUCUUCGUCCCAAGAGAGCGAACCUGCGCGGAGAGCCGACGAAACGGUCGAGGACGCGUCGGGUGUCGGCGAUAAGCCUUCCACGUUCGACAUCCUGCCGACGCCCGAAACGAAUAACCUCGAAGUGUCCGGUAUCGCGGGAACCGCGAAAGAAACGAGCCUGUCUAACUUGGCGCAGUCCGAGUACGCCGACGAUGUCUCGGAAAAUCCCAGCUCUUGCAUCGAUCAGGAUUCGAACGAGGAGGAGAUGGUUAUAGACGAUCGCGUGUCGGAAUCGAACGAAUCGUCCAAAGAGAUCGACGAGGUUGCCAUGAGUGCGGAGCAACAACAGGCGGUUACAACGUGCGAACCGGAAAAGCAAGAAGACCUGAAGAUCCCGACGAGCGUCGAGCCGGAAUCCUGUCCGAUCGCGGCGAAAGCUGAGGUCCCGGAACAGGAGGAAGCCGAAGCUGACGUAGGGAGUGAGGCGGCCAACGAUCUCGAAGAGAUCGUCGCUGCAAAUGACGAGAGUCAAGUUCCCAGUGACGACAAACAGGAUACUGCGGAGGACGUCUGUGAGGAGAUCGCCAAGAGCGCGGGAGAAUCGGACGCUCCGACUGUGCCGGAAUUAGAGAUGGAUACAAUGAACGUGACUCUUCAGGAAUCGGAAGGGGAGGUAAUAAGCGAUAACAAACUGUCGUUAGUCGCGAAUUACGACAGUAGUGAUUCCAACGACGACGGUAGCGACGAUGUCUUCGAGCCUGACGCUAUGGCGCAAGCUGGUGACUCCGAGGACGACGUCGCCUCUUCGCAAGAAGAAAAAAUCCAGGAGCCUCACGAGGAGCCCACAAUUAAGGAAAGCGAAAUCAACAGCUUGAAUCUGACAUCCGAUGUGUCCAAUGCGCCCGUGGAACAACAGUCGGUUAUUGAACAGCAGAUGGAGGAACCUGCCAAAGUGAACGAGCUACCGAAUCGAGACAUCGCAGUCGGGGAACAAGAUGUUAAAAUUAACACGCAAAAGGAAUUCACCGACCAGGCACAAGACAAAUCCGUUUACAAUAGCGUCGAAGAUCAUUCGAGCAACGAUUCGGCAACGCCGUCGGAUAGAGAUGGGCUUCGGGACGAAGCGGAUAUCCGCGAUGUCUCGGUUGCCGAUCCUCCCAUACUAUUGGAGGAAGAGUCAGACUCGAAGAAUCAGAAGGAAGAGUCAGACUCGAGUGAUCAGGAGGAAGAGAAUCUUCAAAGGAUCGACUCAAAAAAUCGGAAGGAAGAGUCGGAAAGGAAGUUUGCGGACGCUUCAGCUGUGAUCGAGGAAACCAGCGAGCCUCUUCUGAGCAAGAGUGCUGGGACGACUGUUAGUCAUAGCGAGAAGAGCAAGGAGCGUCUGAAUAAUUUGAUGGACAACGCGAGGGCGACUCAGAACGUGCAAGAUACCGUUGAAACGCCGGAGAAAACGGACUUUUCGGCAACACCAGAGAGCGUCCGUGAGCUCGGUGAGAACGACGCGAAUAAAUUCGGGAAGUCGUCGCUCGCCCGUGGAAGCACGGGAUUCAACGACGUGGACAGCCAGGUUAUCGACGUACGAAGGCACGCGAAGGAGCAGUUUGCAGUAAACGUGGACGAGAGACCGAGCGUCGAACGUGUAAACAUCGAGAGCAUCGCGAAGCUGGGAGACGCUGAACGCAUUAUCGAGGAGCUGCCUAUUACGCAACCGUGCAAGAGAUUGAAGGAAGACUUCGAGGAGUGUCGCGGCAACGGCAAUAAAGGCGACGCGAAAUUGGCCGAAGAAUGCUUCACCAAACCGUUCGUCGAGGCCGUGAGCUUACCGAUGCACGUCGAAUCGGGAGUUAUGCCCGUGAAAUUGGAUAACGCGUUGUUGACCGCGGGCAAAUCGCACACGUGGAGAAGCGAGGACGCGAGCUUGGAAGGCGGCAUGCCGUCCGAUGCGAUGUAUUACCCGAACUCGAUGUCCACGAAGAUGGAGAGUAUCAACAACGUGGACAGUUGCAACAAUCAAAAUGAGCCGUUCAAUAUAAAUAUAAAUGUAAAUAAGAUCAGCGAGAACUUUAACAAGAGUUCGGGCUCGGACGAAUCGACUGCGUUGCUUCCCGCCCGAGAGACCGUUUCGGAGAUCAAGUCCGACUCGAAGAAAGAAGCGAGCAAGCGGCUGAAUGACGCUACCGACGUGGAAGGCGUCCCUCCGAUCAAGUCGAAGCCUCCGUACUUGGAAGCCGAAGGGAAGACGUUGGAGAACUUGGUGAGUGCCGAUGCGCAAGAGCCCAAAGCUUUGGACACGCUCGCCGAGGUCGUGAAAUUGGGGACGAAUGUUGGAGUGGGGGAAGAGCGGGAGGAGAAACCAGCGGCGAUCCCUACGAUGCAGUUGUUUCAGAACGAUUUCGGCACGGUCAACGACUCCGCGCCGACGGAAGACUCGAAGAAGAACGAGAGCGUGGAGGCGCCGGAGAAGAAAGAGUCCUCGGAGAUCCAGAAUGUCGAGGUGAAGGAGCUUCGCGAUGUUUCCGACGACUCGACGGGCGUGGACAACGAGAGUGUCUUUAAUGCACCGUCGGAGGAAGCCGAUCCUUUAGCGUGUACCGACGACGACGCUCUGAAGAACAUCGCCGAGGACGAAGUCCCUUCCAAGAUCAGCAUUCGCGUGAAACCGGUGUCCGAGCUGGUUUACGAGGGAUGGAAGCUGGAUAACACCGUGGAGCCUCCGAAGAUCUCGCGGAAGCGACGAAACAGCGCCCACGAGUCGAACUCGGAGGACGGGGCCGCCAAGCAAGAGGACGAGGAGAUGAUGGGCGGUAAAAGGAUGAAGUUGCGCGGGAAACGCAUGCCUGACAAGGAACUACGAAAGUCGAUCGAGGAGAGUCGAGUGGUAGCGGCUGUAAGCUCCGAGGAUGAGGCGGUGAAGUGCGAGGUUCCCGAGAACGUGACGGAGCACGUGCAUAAGGACAGCAGCGACGAUCCGAACAUGAUACACGCCACGGUGAUUGACAGAAAGGCCAGAGGUCGUCCCAGAGGCAGACGAAGGCGUGGCUUUCGCGGUGCCGGGCGACCCAGCCGGCCGAAAGUCACUGAAUUUCGGGGCGAUCAAGUGCCGGCGGGUAUUCAUCCCGACGGGGCUCCUAACGACGCUCUUAACAUGACACCCACUACGCAAAAGAGGCGGAAGAAACGAAAAAUGGUUCUGGGCUUAGAAAUAGGCAGAGACAUCGCAUUGGAAACGGAAACGGCAAUGGAACAGGACGAAACGCCUGUCAGGCAGUCAAGAAGGAUAGCGCAGUUAAAAAUUAAAGAGCAAGCGGACAGACGCAGGAUCGAGGAGGAAAGCAUGCGCGAGUUGGAGGAGAAGAAGGAAACUGAGAAGAAGAAGAGGAAGAAGCAGAAGCCGGAAAGCGAGGAGGAAGUUAUCAUAAAAGAAAUUGAGAAGGAGAAAAAGUCCAAGAAGAAACGGCGAAAGAGGAAAAAGAAAAAGGUGCUGGCAAAAUUCAACGAAGCGAAUCCAUGGCAGAGCUCGUCUGGGUCGAGCAGCGACGAGGAGAAUGAAAAUGAGGAAGAGGAAGAGGAGGACAUGGAGAGCGAGGGUUCCUUGCUGUUCAAAAGCGAUCACGAAUUUUCUCCGGAGAGCGAUCUCGAGAAGGACCACGAGUCGGAACCGUUGAGACGCGCCAGAACCGCUCAGAAGGCCCAAAGCGACGUCGAAGAAGCCGAGGACGAGUACGCUUGUCAGAAAUGUAGCAAGGCUGAUCACCCGGAAUGGAUUUUAUUGUGCGACUCGUGCGAUAAGGGUUGGCAUUGCUCAUGUCUCAGGCCAGCCCUUAUGCUCAUACCCGAAGGCGACUGGUUCUGCCCGCCGUGUCAGCAUAAUUUGCUGGUGACGAAGCUACGGGAGACCUUAAAAACAUUUGACCAGUUGACCAAGAGACACGAGAACGAGGCACUGCGAAAGAAGCGAUUAGCAUUUGUCGGCAUAAGCUUGGACAACGUGCUUCACAAAGGUGAGGCGCCGCAGCGCUUGCCGAAAAGCUCGAAAGCGUCCAGUCAAGAAUCGGAUAACGGCAAGCAUCGUACUUUAUAUAAAUCUAUAUCUUCCUCAUCGGCCUCGUGUUCGGAAACAUCGAGCAGCGAGGAAAGCGAGCCGGUUUAUCAGUUACGCGAACGCCGAUGCGCCAGCACUUACAAGUUCAACGAAUACGAUGACAUGAUCAACGCCGCGAUUCAGGAUGAGGUCGAAGCGGUUCAAGGUGCUGGCAAUCAGGGAAGAGGCAAGGACAUCGCCACGAUAGUUAACGCAGAGAAGGAAGAGGCUCAGGCUCAGGCCGAGGCGUUGAAGAUGACGCAAUUGGAAGAAGACAGGGACGAUAUCGAUAGGAAAUCGGAAAAGGAGAGCGACGAAGAAUACAAGAUCGAAAACGAGGAUAUGAUUGACGAGAUAGAGGAAGAACGAAAUAGAGUUGUCAAGAAGUUGUUGGCGCGUAAGAAACAUCGGAAACUGAACAGCCUUGACAUAAGCAGUGAAGAUGAUCCUGAGAGUGACGAGGAUUUCAAGGGCUCGAGUUCCGAGGACGAAGAAGACUUCGACGAUCACAUGACGUCGUCUGACGAAAGCACUUUUGAUGUGAAACGACGCGGUAGGAAGGGCGACUCGCGUCCCGUCAGAAGAUCCACCAGGGCGCGCAUGACCAGAGGCUACGACGAUGAUUUUAUAAAUGAUGACAGUGAAGAAAGUGAUCGGCCCAAGCGAAAGAAGUCGCGGUCGAUGUGGGGAGAUUCGGACAGCGAAGACAGUGAUAAUUCGUGGAGGCAGAGAAAGAAAAAAAGUAGGACAAUGACGACGUCCAGAGUCAGGACGGUGCCGAAAGCGAAGGGGAAGAAGAAGAAAAAGAGAAAACGUAUAAUAGAAUCCGACAAUCAGAGCGAGAACGACGAGGAGGAUGAACCGAAAAUCGAAGAACGUUGUGAACCGAACUUGCCGGACGUGGACACUACCGAGCUAAACGAAAUGCUGGACGUUAAUAAACAGGCGAAUUUCGAAAAUAACAUGGGUGAAAAUAAUGUUGAAAUGAAGGAUGAAGGGUUACAGGAAGCAACCUCAGAGGAUCCACUAAUCCCGCAGAUUCCACAAUCGCAAGAGAUGCAGCAAGUGCCGAUACAGAAAAUCAAAAAAGAUGUUGCGCCUAAACCGAAAAAAGUCCCACCUAUUAGACGAAAGAUUAUUUAUGGCGGAUUACCAGACGAGAACAGGCAAGAGGAGGAGGAAAUAUUAAGUAGGAGGACUCGAGGGCGAAAAAUCAAUUACCGAGAAGAGAUGGCAUCGGAUAGCGAAGAGGAACUCAAGAAGGCGCUGAUGAUGAGGAAAACCGGGGAAAGCGAAGACGAGUUCGUGGUGAACGAGGCCGACGAAAUGAACGAUGACGGCGACAAAGAUUCCGAUUCAGGGGACGUUUAUAUUCCCAAGAAGGACGCUCUGAAGCUGAAACACAAGUCACCGAAGGCGAAGAAGCCGCGCAACAGCAAGAGUCCGGCAGCGAAGCGCAAGUCGUUAUCGGACGACACGCCGAAGCAGAGGAAGAAACCGGGACCGAAGCCGGGCAGCAAGAACAAAGCGCGUAAAUUGAAGCAGAAGGAAGAAGUGGACGGGGAUAUAAUCGGCGCGGUCAUGGACAAUCCUAUCGGCGAUAUAGCGUCCAAGAUAGACGACAAUCUUCCGGACAACGUCGGGUUGACAGGUACGACGAUGUCGGUGGCGAGCUCGUUCACGGGAGACGUUGCAGAAGGUUCGCUGACGGGCCUCGGUGCUGGGGAAUUGGCCGAGUUGGACGACGAGCAACUCGAGCAGAUGAUGAUGGAGGACGAGGAGUACGGCCGACGGCAGCUCGAGCUCGCUGCGAUCGAGAUCGCGAAGAAGAAGAAGAAAGAGGAACGGGAAGCCAAGAAGCUGGAGAAGGCGCGCUUGAAGGCUCUGGAGAUACUGGCGGCGGAGAGGCAGAGGGACGCGAACGCACCGGAAGGCACGGACGGCGAGGUGCCGAAGAAGAAGAAACGCGGUCGACGCAGCAAGGCCGAGAUAAUCGCCGAGCAGAUGCGCCGAGACGGCGCCCCGAAUCUAGGAAUAGCGAGCAUGCCGCCCGCGGUCACUCCGGACGGCGCCAGCGGCGUCUCGCACAACCCGGUGAAUCCGAGCCUGUCCGCAGUUCUGACGCCGGACACUGACAGGAGCGCCGAAGGGGCGCACAUCCCGCUAAUGACUGGUGGUGGGAUGCCGGACGGGCAGCUGUUCAACCCGGACGGAUCGCCGAUGAAGCCGAAACGCCGGGGACGAGGUAAAGGUAAGAAGACGUUGGCGCUGGAAGCGGCCAGAGCGGCCGAGGCGGCAGCCAAGGCUGCGGCUGAGGCUGGUUUGCUCGGCAUGGGAACCGAUUCGAACCCGGAAAUGAAGCAGAACGAUAUCCCGAACGUUCUUCCCACACCAGGCAGCAGUACAUCCGGUUCAGCGCCGUCCACACCACCGGCGAACACCGUGCCGACUCCAGGCCCGCCGUCGACCCAACCCUCGAACACGCAGCAGCCGGUUUAUCCGUCGCUCGCGCCUGGUCAACAACAGUCCACCGUGAUCACGAGGAUGCUUCAGUCACAGCCGGUGUCCAGCAGUCCGCAAUCGUUCACGGUCGCGGCGGCGGCGAUGGGCCACAAGUACUUCGGCGCACCCAACACGGCCGGGCAAAUGAUGGGCGGCCCACGGACGGGAUACGAGAUGCAGCCGCGCGCCAGGAUCCCGUCCCCGUACCGGCAGGCCGGCCAGUCCUCGAUGCCGCCGCAUUUCGCCGCGGUCGGGACGGGAACGCCGGCGAUGCGCAUGCGAGUGCCCGGCCCGCAGAUGUACCACACCGGCCGCCACCCGAUGGACCCGUCGCCGUCCGGCGGCGGGCCGAUCUCCAUCAACAGGGAUCGCAGCUCCCCGUUGACGCCCGGACCGGCGAUGAUCCCGCCGUCGGCCGGCAGCCCGUUGGCCAAGGGAGGACCGACGCCGCCGCCGCCGCCGCCGCCGUACGUGCGAGGCGGACCCUCGAUGGCCAGGUUCGCGGACAGCCCCAUGGGACCCAGGCACCAGAUGCCGCCGUUCACCAACGCCUCGCCCGUCAACCACAACAUGCAGCAGCCGUCGCCGCCGCCCAACCGGCCGCCCGGUAACUUCUCGCCUUACCACCCGCCGCCGCCUCCCAAUUACCACUACGGCGCUUACCCACCGCCGCCGCCGAUGUCGACGGCGGACGACGCCGCCGCCUACCAGACCUCGCCCUAUCCCUCGGAGCACUUCUCCUCGGACAACCAGCCGCCGAUUCAGGCGCCGCCGCCGCAGGCACCGCCGCCGCAACAGGCCCACCCGGGCGACCCCGGCGCCGGCAACAAGCAGUACGACGAGGAGGGCAGCGGCGAGUUCGGCGGGCUGGUGUCUUACUUCAGCAGCCAGAGGGAGGACGAUCUCGAUUCGUAGCAUGAGUGAGAGCUUGGCCAACCCUGAAUCGUUAGGUAGGGUCUACGGGAGCGCGCGCGCGCUCUUUCAUGCCCAGGUAUAUAAGAUCGCAACUUUUGCUGGAGAGAGGAGGCGCGCCAGUGACGGCGUAGGUAAAAACGCAUGAACGAUUACACGGAGGACUGAUCGUAACGCGCGCGCGAUGUUCCCCGUUCGCGAAAGGGGGGAGGGGGGUCACGCCUUUGUGUGUGCUCGCGAAAGACAGCCACAGUCUUCCUCUUCGACCUCUAACAGCAAACAGUUGUCUGCAGCCUUUGCACUUCUACAGUGGAGAAGAAAGCCGCCGGAAGCAAGUCCAUGGUUGGCCAAGUGUAGAGCGAGACAGAGAGGACAAAAGAAGUCGGUGUGACGGAAGGGCGAAGCCUAUUUUCUAAGAGUUGUAACUUUUUCUGUAAUUAGCUUUCAGUUCGACUUGACAAUUUGUACGACGACGCGCGCGACCGUGCGACAGCCGUGCAUAAAAGAGGCGGCACGGCCGCGCGCCGUCCGAGGGACGACCAGACGAAAAGAUCUGACCAGAACUUUUUCACCAUUAUUCGUUGCUAAAUCGUCAGACGGGAAUUCCGAGCGAAGUUACUUCCGAGAGUUUUUAAAAAGUGAGAAGAGAGUAGGCUACACUAGUAGUUGCAUGACCCGUUGCGGAGAUGGAAGAGAAAAUCAGUCUUCGAUAGCGACGAGAGGGGAGUAAAAAUUAUCGCAUGUGGCUUGGACGACGCAUUAUUGUUAACGUGUACAUAUGUAAAUACCGUAAGUCCUUUAGAUUAUAUAUUACAUGUAUUAUAUAUAUACACACAUUCACACACAGGACACAUAUACACACACACACAUACACACACACACCCCACAGUCAUGCAGAAUACUAUAGAAGUGGAUUAGUGCGCAAAGGGCACAAAUGUAAUAUUUAAAUUUAAUCCAGAAAGGAACGAACGGCAUCUGAGUAUAAUAAAUUAACAAAUGGUGUGAAGACUAUUACUAUAAUUAUUUAUAAAAGAAAGAAAAAUUAAGAAUUUAUG